AUGCCCACCCGGUUCCCGGAGACACUAGCCGCGUCGGGACACGCCAACCCGAGUUCCGGGGUAACUGGUCACGCCCACUCGGGCCCCGGAGAGGCCGACCACGACAACCCAGGCCCCGAAGAGACCGACCAUGCCGUACCACGCCAACCCGGGCCACAUCAUCCCGGGCCAUAUCAACCCGAGCCACAUCAGAGCCACGCCACCCUCUCCUCCGGAGAGCCCAGCAACGCCGGACCAUAUCAACCCGUGCUGCGGAGGGCCCGGCAAAGCCGUGUCACACUAACUCGAGACCCGGAGUGCCCGGCAAUCCAUACUCUGGCCGCGGAGAGCACACACCAGGCCGGGCCACAUCAACUCGGGCCCCGGAGAGGCCGGCCGAGCCGUGCCUCCGUAACCAGGGCUCGGAGAGCUCGGCCACGCUGGGCCAAGCCAAGCCAUGCCUCGGAGAGGCUGUCCUCGCUGGGCCGCGCCAACCGGGAUCCUGGGGAGACUGGAUACGCCAUCCCGGGCCACGCCAACACCGGAGAGCCGAGUCACGCGGGGCCACGUCAACAAGGCUCUGGAGAGCAUGGCCAUGCCAACCCGGGCCCCUCAGAGCUCGGCCGAAGCAGGUCACACCAACCCGGGUCCCAGAGAGUCCGCCCACACAAAAGCACGCACCGGAGUGCCCGGUCACGGCAUCCCGGUCCCUGGACAAUCCGGCCGCGUCGAGCCACGCCAACCCGGGUACUGGAGUGCCAGGUCUCAUCAAACCGGGUAGCGGAGAGCCUACGCUCGCCUGGUCACGCCAAUCUGGGCUCCGGAGGGACUGGCAACACCGGGCCACACCAUCCCGGUUCUCAAAGAGUCCGCCCUGGACCACAUUAA